AUGUAUGGAAAUGAUGGUUUAUCUAAUCAAUCAAGAGAUUCUUUACUUUGUGAUUCAGAACAUAUAAAAUUACCUCCAAAUGAUUCAUAUCAACAAUGGUUAACUGAAAGUUUUUCUAAUGCUCCUACCCGUGUUCUUUCAGUUGAAGAAAGUUACAAUAAUAAUAAGAAAUAUUAUGUUAAACGUUUACCAUUAAAUAUUAGGCAAACUUCAACACCAAUGUUACCAUGUUCCUUGUCACGGCGUAAAUUUCAAUCACCAUGUAUUACACGUUACUAUUCACAAAAUAAUCCAAAAUCUAACUAUUAUCAUACUCAGUCAUUUGAUAAUAACAAAAAAAUUUAUAAUUCAUCUCUCUCAUCUAAUGCUAUUUUUUUAAAUAAGUUUGUUGACCAAUAUUCAGCAGGGUCAACAACAAAUUUUAAUGCUUGUAAUAAUAAUAUAGAGAAAUUAAAAAAACAAAAAUCCCUAAUAUUUGAAGCAACAAAAAAUGAUAAUAGUUAUAAUACAAAUGAUAUGAUGCCUUGUUCAGAGAAUAAAAAUAUAAUUAAACAUGAUGCGCCACUUAUAGAAUCAUAUAACCAUAUAUCUCCUACAUCUCAAAUUACACCAAAAUUAGGUUCAAAAUUAAAUAAUGAAAAAGUUAACAAGUUUACUAGUUACUUAGAUACAAAUAAAGAUAUUACAACUAACAAUAGUAAAUGUUAUGAUAAAUAUGAUGAUACUGUUGAAUUUUUUCAUAAUCUUCAUAAAAAUAGUAAAAUUUCUAACACAUCAACCCUACCUAAUAAUCAUAAUAAAAUUGAUGAAAAUUUAUUUUCACAAAAAAAAAUUAGUUUAAGAAGGGGUUUCCUUAAAAGGCAGUUGGCAGCUGUUGAUUUUGAUGAAAAUUGUUUCGGUUCUCAAGAACCAUUUGACAAAAAUAAUGAAACAAGAAGUGUUGUGGAUAUAACAGACCACAAAACAUGUGCAAUAUUAAUGUCAAAGAUGAAAGAUAACCAAAGAACAAGCUCUCCAUUGUAA